AUGGAUUUGGAAGGUAAAUGCCCAAAGGGAAAUACCCCACUACAUUUGGCUGCCAAAUGUGAUAACUGGGAGGUAGUCCGUCAUCUAUUGCUCCAAGGGGCGAGCAUCCACAGCCCUGAUAGUGAGGGUGUCUUUGUGAUUCAGCGACUGGCCAUGUACAGCGACUAUCAUGAGAGACAUCGGGACAUUCUUAAACAUCUCAUCAAGAUUGGAGCAGAUUUGAAAGUGCGCUGCACCAAUGGUGACUCGCUUCUUCACCUUGGUGCCAAAGCCAACAACUGGUUGUUUGUUUUCCAUAUCAUUCUAGAGAAAAUUAGUCUCGACCUAGACGAACUUGACAGCGAUGGUUUCAACAUUCUGCACAGGUUAGCACAAGAUGACAAAGGAUCAGAAUGGGUAGAAGAGUUUUUCAUGUUCGGGGUUAAUUUGGACACCCCAUCAUCAGAGCUGGGACAUGGCCAAGACUUCGUUCAGUGUGGAGCGCAGGUCAACGAACUCGACCCAGGAGGUUACACUGUCCUCCACAGACUAGCCAAGACAGAAAACCCUAGUCAGUCCUUUUUAUCCCUGUUGAUUGAAAAGGGAGUUAGAUGUGAUAUUAUGUCAGCCCAAGGUGAAACCAUUUGUGAAAUAAUUGCUGAAAAUGAGAACUGGGAAAUGAUGAAGAUUUUGCUUACUCAUGGUCUCGUGGACAAAGGUGUGGACAUCAACACCAUCUCUACACACGGGGAAUCAGCUCUUGAACUUGCAGUCAAAAGCAGCAACUGGCCUGUGGUAGACUUUCUGUUGAGCAAAGGCGCACAGGUGAACAGUUGGAGAAUCUGGAACAGCUACAUGUGA